UGGCUUUGUGCGAAAGAACCCCGCCGCAGCGACUUUAUUGGCGGCUCCAGCAUUUAACGCGUCAGAUCAACGCUGUCGGUAAAUAAUGGAAACGCGCGUGCACGGCAACAAUGUGCACGCGCCGACUAGCGCCUGGACAGCGCAUCAAACGCGCGCCCCCCACUAACAACCACGACUGAGAGAGCAAGCCGAGAGCCGCCUCGGCGCUGGCGGAGUGAAGUCCCGGGACGGGGAUGCGCAGAAGAUGCAGCCUCCGUGACGUCGCGCUACCGCCGCCGCCGCUGCUCUCUCAGGGAUCUCUCCCUCACAGCGCCGCGCAAUUUGCAUUUUCUUCUUGUUCCACAGCAGCGGCUCUCCGCACACAAUAAUGUGAGUGAGUGAACGCCGCGCCGCACCAAGAGCCUUCCGUUAGUCACCAAAAGAAGCGCCAACCGCCACCGGGAGCCAGCAUGUCGGAGGUGCUGCCCUACGGCGAAGAGAAGAUCGACUACGGGGACGAGGGUGAGGGCGAGGGCGAUGGUGAUCAGAUCUCCUUCACCUGCCGCCUGCAGGACACCAACAACUUCUUCGGCGCGGGCCAGGGCAAGAGGCCCCCGAAGCUGGGCCAGAUCGGGAGGAGCAAGAGAGUUGUCAUUGAAGAUGACAGGAUUGAUGACGUGCUGAAAAAUAUGUCUGAAAAAGCACCUUCAGGUGUUUAAAACAAAAAAAGCAAACAAAACAAAACAAAAGAUCCUAACCCCUUCUCCACUCCUCCAAACAAAACAAAAGAGCGAACUUUUUUCUGGAUUGUGGGCAUAACAAGUCAAAGAAAAAAAAAAAACAAACUGUCAGUCCUUCCCAAAAUGGGAUGAGAUCCUGGUUCCGUCUUCAGUUUAUGGCUUGCAUGAGGGUCAACCCGAGGAGUAAUAGUUUGCGGAUGAUGAUGGUAGGAUGGUGGUGGUGGUGGCGGUGGGGGAGUGAGGUUGUCUAGUGGUCACAGAUGUCCAAGAACUGCUGAACCUGCGUUGUACAGUUGAAACCUUGGAGUCACAGAAGCACACCGUUGUAACUCCGACUUUGUAUUGGCUGUUCUGGAUGAGCACUUUGUUUACAAUCUUCUCUUUGCAAAAUGAUUUGUGCACUUUGGAUGUAAACGUUGUUGAGUUUGAUGUUAACAUUCUACAGCUAUAUACAAGUAUUAUUAUAAUAAUGGUCAUUCAUUUUUUUCGGGGAAGGGGUGGGGGUUUGGGAAUAUUUUUGCAGUGUUUUAAAAAGACAACGCAAUGAGUUUUAUAUAUUAGAGCGACCACUGAAGGUAUUAUCGUUUUUAACAAAUUAUUCUUAAUUGAUGUUGCUCGGUUUCUUUUGUUGCUUCAAGCAACCUGCUUGCUCAGAUUCCAAAUGGGAAUAAAGAAAACAAAAAAA